AUGACAGAUUCAAAGCUGGGUCCAGCAGAAGUCUGGACAUCCAGACAAGCUCUACAGGAUUUAUAUCAGAAAAUGCUAGUGACCGAUUUGGAAUAUGCUUUAGAUAAAAAAGUGGAGCAGGACCUUUGGAAUCAUGCCUUUAAAAAUCAGAUCACAACGCUACAGGGUCAGGCGAAAAAUAGAGCAAAUCCAAAUCGGAGUGAAGUUCAGGCAAACCUUUCUCUGUUCUUAGAGGCAGCUAGUGGCUUCUACACACAGUUAUUACAGGAAUUGUGCACAGUUUUUAAUGUAGACUUGCCAUGUCGUGUAAAGUCUUCCCAGCUGGGAAUCAUUAGCAAUAAACAGACGCACACCAGUGCCAUAGUCAAGCCGCAAUCUAGCUCCUGCUCUUACAUCUGCCAGCACUGCCUUGUUCACCUUGGAGAUAUUGCUCGCUAUAGGAAUCAGACCAGCCAAGCAGAGUCUUACUACAGACAUGCAGCUCAGCUUGUCCCAUCUAACGGUCAGCCUUAUAAUCAGUUGGCUAUUCUAGCUUCCUCCAAAGGAGAUCACUUGACCACAAUUUUCUACUACUGCAGAAGCAUUGCUGUGAAGUUUCCUUUCCCAGCUGCCUCUACUAACCUACAAAAAGCACUUUCUAAAGCACUCGAGAGUCGUGAUGAGGUGAAGACUCGAUGGAGUGUGUCUGACUUCAUCAAGGCAUUUAUUAAGUUCCAUGGCCAUGUGUACCUGAGUAAGAGCUUGGAGAAGCUGAGCCCUCUUCGAGAAAAGCUGGAAGAACAAUUCAAGAGGUUGCUAUUCCAAAAAGCCUUCAAUUCCCAGCAGUUAGUACAUAUUACUGUUAUCAAUCUGUUUCAACUACAUCACCUGCGAGACUUCAGCAAUGAAACGGAGCAGCACAGCUACAGCCAGGAUGAGCAGCUCUGCUGGACACAGUUACUGUCUCUCUUCAUGUCCUUUCUUGGAGUUCUGUGCAAGUGUCCUUUACAAAAUGAUUACCAGGAGGACUCUGGGGCUGCAUAUCCUCUUCCAGCUGUGAAGGUUUCAAUGGACUGGCUGAAACUUAGGCCCAGUGUUUUCCAGGAGGCAGUGGUUGAUGAAAGACGGUACGUAUGGCCCUGGCUGAUAUCGCUUCUAAACAGCUUCCAGCCUCAUGAAGAAGAUCUAUCCAAUAAUAAUGCAACCCCCCUUCCAGAAGAAUUUGAAUUGCAAGGAUUCUUGGCUCUGAGGCCCUCAUUCAGGAACUUGGAUUUUUCCAAAGGCCACCAGGCAAUUACAGGAGAUAAGGAAGGGCAACAACGUCGGAUACGGCAACAGCGUCUGAUCUUCACAGGCAAAUGGAUUGCUGAUAACCAGCCAAGGUUGAUUCAGUGUGAAAAUGAGGUAGGAAAGCUGCUGUUUUUGACAGAAAUCCCAGAACUAUUACUAGAGGAUCCUAGUGAAGCCAAAGAGAGUCUCGCCUUGCAGGAAACAUCUAUUGUAGAGCCACUAUCUACAGAUGGGAGCCCUGGACUCAAAUCAGUUCUGUCUUCUGGCAGAAGCCUGAACAACAACUGUGAUGCAGGAGAAAAACCAAUGGUCACAUUCAAAGAGAACAUCAAGCCACGGGAAAUUAACAGAGAGCAAGGGCGAAUCUAUCCCCCUAAAGAUGUAGGUAGGGAACGACGGGACUAUAACAAAGGAAUAGUAGCUAAUAAGAAUGAUGGAAAGAAGGAUAACAAUAAAAGAAAGAAUGAGACCAAGAAAUGCGGUUUGGAUAAGAUGCAGGAAGCAGGAAAGCAGAACGUGGCAGUUCAGGUGAAGUCCCAGACAGAGAUGAGGAAGACUCCAGUGUCUGAGGCAAGGAAAACACCUGUAACUCAGACUCCAAGUCAGGCCAGCAGUUCUCAGUUCAUCCCCAUUCAUCACCCAGGAGCCUUCCCUCCCCUUCCUAGCCGGCCAGGGUUUCCACCCCCAGCCUAUGUUGUCCCCCCACCUGUGGCUUUCUCCAUGAGCACGGGGUACACCUUCCCAGGUGGUGUUUCUGUCCCAGGAACCUUCCUUCAGCCCACAGCUCACUCGCCUGCAGGAAACCAGGUGCAAGGUGGGAAACAGUCCCACAUUCCUUACAGCCAGCAACGGCCCUCUGGACCAGGGCCAAUGACCCAGGGACCUCAGCAAACACCACCUCCUUCCCAGCAGCCCCUCUCAUCUUUACCAGCUCAGGCAACAGCACAGUCCACAAGCCAGUUACAGGUCCAAGCUCUGGCCCAGCAGCAGUCCCCUACAAAAGCUGUGCAGGGUCUGGGGAAGAGCCCACCACACCACUCCGGAUUCCAACAGUAUCCACAGACGGACUCGUCAAAGCAGCUCUGGAACCCACCUCAAGUCCAAGGCUCACUGGGGAAGAUCAUGCCUGUAAAGCAGUCCUAUUACCUGCAGGCACAGGACCCUCUAAAAUUAUUUGAACAGUCAUUACAGCCUCCUGUGAUGCAACAGCAACCUCUGGAGAAAAAAAUGAAGCCUUUCCCAAUGGAGCCAUAUAACCAGAAUCCCUCAGAAGUCAAGGUGCCAGAAUAUUACUGGGACUCUUCCUAUGGCAUGGCUGACAAUAGGGUGAUGGCACAGCAGUCUAACAUGGACCGCAGGGGAAAACGGCAAGGAGUCUUCCGCCCAGAGCAGGAUGCUGUCUCCAGGAUGACCUUUGAGGACCCCAAGAGCUCCCCUCUGCUUCCUCCGGACCUGUUAAAGAGUCUGGCUGCCUUGGAGGAGGAGGAAGAGCUGAUUUUCUCUAAUCCUCCUGAUCUUUACCCAGCUCUGCUGGGGCCUCUCGCCUCUCUUCCUGGACGAAGCCUCUUUAAGUCCCUCCUGGAAAAACCAUCAGAACUGAUGUCUCAGUCAUCGUCUUUCCUGUCCCUCAGUGGUUUUUCUCUUAAUCAGGAAAGAUACCCAAAUAACAGCAUGUUCAAUGAGGUAUAUGGGAAAAACAUGAAUACCAGCACAAAACCAGAAGUCACCCCUUCAGUUGCGCAUCAGGAGACUUCACUGUAUUCUCUCUUUGAAGGGACACCAUGGUCUCCAUCCCUUCCAGCCAGCUCAGAUCAUUCAACACCAGCCAGCCAGUCCCCUCACUCCUCCAACCCCAGCAGCUUGCCAAGCUCACCUCCAACCCAUAACCACAAUUCUGUUCCCUUCUCCAACUUCGGACCUAUUGGGACUCCAGACAACAGAGACAGGAGAGUCGCAGACCGCUGGAAAACAGAUAAGCCAGCAAUGGGAGGGUUUGGCCUGGACUACCUUCCAGCAACAUCCUCAUCUUCGGAGAGCAGCUGGCACCAGACCAGCGCUCCCAGUGGCACCUGGGCAGCCCAAGGCCCUCCUGCUAUGGAGGACUCCUCAGCUGUGCUUAUGGAGAGCCUGAAGUCCAUCUGGUCCAGUUCCAUGAUGCACCCUGGACCCUCUGCCCUGGAGCAGCUGUUAAUGCAGCAGAAGCAGAAGCAGCAACGUGGACAAGGCACCAUGAACCCGCCGCAUUGAGACCGAGGUGGCAACCCUUGCAAACGAAGGCUCCAUAAACCAUGGCAUGUUGGGUUUGCAGGACUGGCCCACACAGUCCUGUGCAGGUGGCAGCCCUCUCUUCUGUUCCUUGCUGUCAGGAGGGCAUAAGUGCUCCACCAACCCACUGAGUGUGCACAAAACGUCUGCAGUGCAAGAAAACAACAUCAGGAACUCUCCCAUCCCUGGGCCCUCUGGAGGGAGAGAGGAACUG